AUGGUUCAGAAUCACUCUAGUUAUUACAUUGAUGUAAUUUAUAAACAAUUGUUCAGUUUACUAACGAUGAAACGUAAAUCAACUUCAGCGCACCAAAUUAAAAGAACCAAGAACGCGAAAGUUGAUGUUUUGGACGAAAUAAACGGUAAUCCUACCAAUGUGAUAAAAAAUACUUCGUUUGUUUGGAUCGGUAAAAAUAUGGAACGAAAUACGCGUAUCCAAGCAAUCAUAAAACGGUUAGAAUCAAUUCUACCAUGUGCUAUUGCAACAGGCAAUUAUAAUGACUUUGAACAAUAUUUAAUGGAAUGUAACGAUAACAGAAAUACUGUUUUGAUUAUUUCAAAUGAACAGGGCCAACAAAAUGAAUCCCAUAUUCAUUCGUUAUCAUCUAUCAUCUGUAUCUAUGUCUACGGAAUAAAUCAUGAAAAUAACAAUGAAUGGCUGAAAAACUUUCCGAAAAAUCGAUGUAAGAUGAUUUCGAAUAUCAACAAGUUAGUAGAUAUAUUGACAACGGAUCUAGAAGGUUUUAAACGUAAUGAUAAUAUUGAAUCAUAUUGUGGAAAACAAACAAUAGCAGAGAAGAAAGAAACUACAAAAGUAAAACAUUUGGAUCCACAAGCUAAUGCCAUGUUAAAAACAUUGAUGAAAAUGGUAAAACCAGCGAUUCACAUUUAUGAUGAUAUUGAAAUCAAUGAUUUUAAUCGAUUAUCGAAUAAAUCUACAUACUUUUUUGUCAGCAGUUCAAUGGCUGCUAAAAUGGAGGAAAAAUCCAAAUACACACAAUCAAUUUUCAUCCUUGAAGAAGAUAAAAGUAAAGUGAAUCAUAUUGAAAGAUUUCAAAACGGUGAAGAUCUUGUUUUCGAACUGGGUGAUAUAAUAUAUCGAUGUUAUAAAGAAGAAGAAAAUCUCUAUGCUGAAUCUGGUGAUACGUUGAUGGCGGAAAUAAUAAGACAACAAGCAAAUCAAGUUCAUAGUAAUUUGAAAAAAGCGUUUCAAUCUGUAUUACAUAAUAAUGAUGAUGAUCACAAAUAG